AUGCUUGCUCGCGGCCGUCGAGGCUAUCAGACGAGCGCAAAGGCGCUCAACUACUGCGUCGAGCUCGUCCAGGAGCGCGACGUCGAGCGCUACCUCUGCAACCUCUCCGCGCCGGCCGCCGUGCGCCCUGCGCUCUUCGCGCUGCACGCCUUCAACCUCGAGACGGCCCGCGUGCGCUCCUCGACACGCGAGCCUCAGAUUGCGCGCAUGCGCUUCGUCUGGUGGCGCAGCACCGUGACGGCGGCGCUGCGCGGCGAGCCGCCCGACAACCCCGUCGCGCAGGCGCUCGCCGGCGCCGCCGCCGGUGGUGGUCUCACCGGCCGCUUCUUCCACCAGAUGCUCGAAGCGCGCGAGGACGACGGCUCAGCACGAGCCGUCACUGAGCAGGCAUCGCCACGCGCCUCCUACAUCCCCGCCGAUGUGGCGCAGCGGCACGGCGCUUCGCUCAAGCAGCUCCUCUCCGGCCGGCCGAGCGCCCCGCUCUGCGACGCCGCGGCCGAGCUGGCGCACGAGGCGACCACCCACCUCCUCGCCGCGCGCGCGCUGGCGCCGGACCUCUCCCCGCAAGCGCGCGCGCUGCUGCAGCCCGCGGUAGUCGCGGAGCUGGUGCUGCAGCGGCUGCAGGCGCACGGCUACAACGUCUUUGCACCCGAGCUGCGGGAGCCGCUCGGGCUGCGGCUGCGGACCGCGCUCGUUUGGAACGCGGCGUUCCGCUCCUUUUAA